CGAUAGGUUGUCAGUUAUUUGAGUUUCUCGAAUUUUUACUCACCCUCUUCUUCUGAAGCACGUGAUUCCAUAUUUUCGCGAUCCAGGCUCAUUUAAAAGAAAAAAAAUUCUAAUAUUUAGAACAUUCAGAUCAAUCGAGACGCUCAUUUCUAGUAGAUCUGAAAAGGUCCUUUGGAAAAAAGAAGAGUUGAGUAAAGAGAGCUGGAUUUUAAAUCCGAACAGACUUGAUCCAUACUGAGAUUUCAAGAUUGCAGUUGACCUACUAAAAGGAUAGAAGACAAAUUAUUGUGCGAAAUUUUGAAUUUGAAAGUGAGAGUUUGAGAAUGAGCAGGGUAAUUUUAAACGCUGCACUAUCGCUAACGUAACGAGCAAAUAGAAAUCGUUUGAUAAAUAGUGUAAUUAUAGUGAUAGUGAGAUAGAUUUGCGUUCAUCAAUCUGUGUUGACGUUGGUGAAGGAUUGCAAAGUGUCGGAGAUCCCCCUGAAAGGUCAUCCUCUUCGUAAGGUGAUGCUGAUAACCGGAAGCGAGCCUUUGGUGGUUCCGCAUUCUCGGAAGUGGUGCCGGCGUUUUCUGCUGCCUGGCGGCCGCGGAGAAUAGUUAUGGUGUCUCAAAAUGACUGUGGCCGCAGCCGUGGCACUGUGGCAUCGGGCCCAUCUUUACAAGGCCCUUGCCUGUGUCGUUCUGACCCUCAUUGCCAUCCAGUAUCUGCUCAGUGGAGUCCUCGAUCGAAGAUCCAUCGAAACCAUCUUCACCAUUAAUGCUACUCGAUAUGCUACCAAUAACUACAGAAAUCAUCCAAGAGGUCUGAUAAUAUACGGACCAGCGACGGUAGCAAGUCUUCCUGGAAACGCAAGUGUCUGGCCUACUUCCGCAUUAUCAGAAAUUGCAAUACCUUCCAAGUCGGAUACAAUUCCUACUGGGACGUCUGGCGGUUCUGCAGUUGGGGUACCGAAUCAAGAUGCUUCCACCCCAAACACCACAGACACUACAAUUCAACAACGAUGUCCUCUUAUUCCUCCGAAUCUCGUCGGACCAGUCGCCGUUAGCCUCUCGCCCACUGAGAAAAAGUUCACAGAGGUGAAACCGGGUGGCAGAGGUUUUCCCUCGAAUUGCAUCGCUAGGCACCGUGUCGCCAUCAUCAUUCCGUACCGCGAUAGACCUAACCACCUGCAGGCUCUUUUGCAGACGCUUCACCCGAUUUUACUGCGCCAGCAGAUCGACUAUCAAAUUUUCAUCAUCGAGCAAGAGGGUACCGGACUGUUUAACCGAGCCAUGUUAAUGAACGUGGGAUACGUCGAAGCAUUGAAGGAGAGGACCUUUGAUUGUUUCAUCUUCCAUGACGUAGAUCUUCUUCCAGAGGAUGAUCGAAAUCUUUACACUUGCCCCGAGCAACCCAGGCACAUGUCUGUAGCAGUAGAUAAAUUUAAAUACAGAUUACCGUACGCCGACCUUUUUGGAGGGGUCUCAGCUAUGACCCGAGAACACUUCCGACUUGUAAAUGGGUUCAGCAACGUGUUUUGGGGAUGGGGUGGAGAAGACGAUGAUAUGGCAAAUCGCAUAAAAGCUCGUGGCCUUCACAUUUCACGUUAUCCGGCAAAUGUAGCUCGCUACAAGAUGCUCUCGCACAAGAAAGAGAAGGCCAAUCCAAAGAGAUACGAGUUUCUGAAAACGGGGAAAAAGAGAUUUACCACUGACGGCCUGAGCAAUUUGAAGUACCAGCUUGUCGACAAACAGAAACCAAAAUUGUACACCUGGCUCCUGGUGAGGCUGACGCCUCCUCAGCCUAGCUGAUGGCAGCCUUGGAUCGGGUAAAAAUCCCGUCCAAAAAAAUCUGUCUGUGGAUUGUAAUUUUUCUUAAAAUCUUUUGGAAAUUUUUUUUGAAUUUUCAACUUCAAUUUCACACUAAAUAAUCAAUUUAAUCCUAAAAUUCUUCUGUUCGUUUAUGUGAUAGCAUACGUGGCACGAUUUUAGGAUUUUCGUGAGACUUUGUGCGCGUGUUAUAGCACUUUGUUAUUUAAGACACUAGUUUUUUGUAUUGUAGACAUAUGGAAAAGAAGCUGGUAAAAAUUAUGUAGCUAGAGGAGUAGAGUAUUCGCCUGGCUGCUGAAUUCGUUUAACGUAUUCGCAUAUUUUUUUAAUGCGGUGACUUGUUUGCCAAAAAGAUACUUAAUCUUAACGGGCCGAGGGAGAAUUUCCUUUGACGAACAAAUCCAGAAAAAUAGUUUUAGACUAGAUUUAUAUAUUUUUAAUGCAAUUUGUUAAAGAUUUUGUCUAUUGGAACCCUCUUUCAUGUUUUAAACGUUUUUCAGCAUUAUUUUCAUAAUAUUGUACAUUUUUUUUGUAGGGUGCCAAAGAAACUAUCAGAUUAUAUUUUUAAUGAAUAGAUGUAGAGAUAAUGUAGUAGUGUUUAAUAAUUUUUUUUUAGAAUUGACCUUGUCAAUAAUUUUAAAUUUUGAUAUGAAAAAUUUGCUUCCACUUUCGUUUUUUAAUAUAUAACCUUCUCAGAUUCUUGAAUUCACACCUACACAUCCAUCUUACCCCCACAAAUACAUUACAUAUCAGAUAUAUGUAUCGUAAAAUCCGAGUACAGGCUGUGAUCGGUAAUUCUUUACUUAAGGGACUUAAUUAUUUUUUAUUUUACAAAGAAAGUAAUGAAAAAAAGUAUAAUUUUCGUUACAAGUUACCUAAAGAAAAAGUAAAUCGUUAUCGUUAUUGAAUUUUCAUUUUGAAAUAGAAAGUUAUUCGUUACCAUUACCCUUCGUAAAAAUUAUACUUCAUUUUAAUUCAAUAAUUUUAUUUGUGGAGUUGCUACCUAUCAUAAUAAUAUAACGAUAAAGAUUUACUUUUAACGAUCAACGAUUCAAAAAAAGUAACUUUCCAUUAGAAAAUCGGUAGGUCCGGAAAUAUCCAGUUAUUUUAAUACUGUUAAAUUUUAAAGAUUAAAACAAAUUUAUUACUAAGAGAACCGUAACUAGCCUUUUUAGUGCAUAUUAUUAAAAAUAUUUAAACAAUUUCAAAGUUGAAAUUACAGGCUUUAGAGUCGAUUAAAUAAUUAAAAAUAAUGCUAAAAGUAGCAUA